UCUUCACACAUCUGGUCGGUGACUGUCUCUGCAGCUCUCCUGAUCUUACUAAGUGUAUGGGCUUUAUUUUUAGGAUACUUUGAGCCUUGGACUUUUACUUCACGUCCUGAGCUUGUGUUUGGAUGUGCUUCAGAGGCCGUGAAGAACUCUUUGUAGAUCUGAGCAGGUUUCUUUUGAUGCCCUGAAGUCCAGAUUUGAUUUGGUUCUGGCUUGACUGGUGGAUACAUUCCAGAGCUGGAAGAGGAAUUUUGGACAUUGUUUUAGGCGACGUGAAAGUAUUAUCCGGCCUGAAAGUGAUGGGUCAGUUGAGUGGGCGGCUGGAGCUGUUGUGUUUGGUUUGGUUGGGCUGGACUCUGGUGCGAGGUCAAGGAGAAACUAACCUGGAUCUUCAGCUGCUGGAUGAGAAGGAAGUGGAAUCAGAUGAAGCAGCAAAAAAUGAGAAGGAAGAGAUAUUUUGUCCGGAAAAGUGCAGCUGCACUGUGGAGGAGGCAGUGGACUGCAAUGGAGUGAGCCUAACAGAAUUCCCACCAGAAUUGUCCGAAAAAACCCGUCAGCUGUCUCUGCAGAAUAACCAGAUCAAAGAGGUCACGCUAGAACAUCUUUCACACCUUCAGCAGUUGGAGACCCUAAACUUACAGAACAACCGCCUCACAACACAAGGUCUUGAUGAUGAAGGGUUACAUGUUCUGGAAAGGCUGAGUUAUUUGUACUUGGCAAAUAAUAAGCUCACAGCUGCUCCGAGAUACCUUCCUUCCUCUUUGGUCAGUGCUGAUUUUGCUGCUAACCAGCUCACCAGAAUCUACCCUGGCACCUUUGGACAGAAGCCUGUUCUCAAGUCAGUUUAUCUCCAUAACAACAAGCUAACAGAUGCAGGUCUACCAGAGAACAUGUUUAAUGGAUCGGACAACCUGGAGGUCCUCAUCAUGUCCAGUAAUUUCCUAAGCUAUGUUCCUAAGGAUCUGCCAACCGCACUCUACCGCCUACACCUGAAGAAUAACAUGUUGGAAAAGAUUCCCUCAGGUGCUUUUGAUAAUUUGCUCCAUCUUCGAGAGCUCUACCUUCAAAACAACUUAUUGAGUAAUGAUGGCGUAGACAACGAGACCUUCAGUCAGUUAAACAGUUUGGAAUAUCUGGAUUUGUCUGAUAACAACCUUACCACGGUUCCUCUUGGCCUCCCGAGGAAUAUAAUCCUGCUACACCUGGAGAGGAACUCUAUCCAGAGCAUUGCAGUCAAUGCUCUGACACCCAUCCGGAACUUAGAGUACCUUCUCCUGCACAACAACCGCCUCCAGUCUCACUCCAUCCAUCCGGCUGCCUUCCUGGGUCUUAAACGACUCCACACUGUCCACAUGUACAAUAACCUGCUAGAGCGAGUACCCCGAGGUCUUCCUCGUCGAGCGAAGACCUUCAUGCUUCCCCACAACCUCAUCAGCGAGAUCGGCCGCAAUGAUUUGAUCACAUUGUACACCCUAACAGAGCUCAACCUCAGUUACAACCGGCUCACUAGCACCAAGCUUCACAGAGAGGCCUUCAGGAAGCUCAGGCUUCUGGAAACUUUGGAUCUGUCUGGAAACAAGCUGCAGGCUCUUCCAAUGGGACUGCCCAAGAGCCUCCAGAUUCUCAAGGUAAAGGACAACCAUAUGACAGAGAUACCAGAGAGGGCGCUGUUGGGUAUGAGCAAACUGAGGGAGCUCUACCUGGCAAACAAUCAACUGAAGCUGAACUCUAUCUACCAGGGAGCAUGGCAGGAGUUGAGUGCACUCACGACGCUUGAUCUCUCUGGUAACAUGUUGUCUCAUGUACCUGCUGACCUGCCUGAGUCUCUAGAGUUUCUUCACCUGCAGAACAACAGAAUCAGUACAGUAUCUGAGACAGCCUUCCUCAACACUCCCAACAUCAAAGGAAUCUUUCUCAGGUUUAACCGUCUCUCAGUUCACUCCAUAUCUGAAGAGUCUUUCUCUCACCUGUCCAAGCUUCAGGUGUUGGACAUCGGCCAUGGCAAUAUCUCUCCGAACCGAGGCCAGGGAGAGGAGGUAGAGGACGAGGACUUAUCAUAUGAUCAAGAGGAGACAGAUUCAUGAAUCACACAGGAGAAGAGUAGAUGGAAAAAAGUUUAAAAAAAAAGUCAUGCAAUGAACUUUCCCUUGAUCAGAAAUGAAUUCAGAUUAUUCAGAUUAUUUCAAAAACUUUGACCCAUUGCAAAUUCAUUUUUUACAUUUUAAGCCUGUGCAUUUUCCUCUGGUCUGUUCAUGCAUGUAAAGCCCAACGUAUACUUCGGUUUUAACAUGAAUGCUUAGCAUCUAUGUACAGUCGAACUCUAGCCUUUCAAAGAAUACUUCAUUUGACUCUGUGUGCAUACACAGGUGUUUGGUGCCAUGACUGCUAUGAGAUGCCGGACUAUUUCUCUUUAGGAGUUUAGACCAGGGCUGGACUGGGAAGAGGGCAUUACAUAUCAACUGGCCCAAAAGUUCAGCCGUGGGGUGUUCGGUGUAUUUUUUGCAUAUUACGGUGCCGUUUUGUGGUCUUUUGCAUAACGCGGCGACUCAUUUUAGCUUAUCGCGGCCAAUUCGGCCUGUUUCGCGGCCGACACACCGGCCCGCUCCGUUCUCCCGAUGGCCAGUCCACCGCUGAUCAGCCCCAAAGUGCGUCUGCCCACAGGGAAAAUACCCAGUAUGCCAGAUUACCAGUCCAGCCUUGGUUUAGACCAAUAAAGAUGUCUUUAUAUUCCUUCAGACUCAAGUUAUAUAAAUGUAGGUAUCUCCUGAUCUCCUCACACAUGUGCUAUUGACGUACACAUCCACUGUUGUUGUUUACACCUUCAUCUUCUGAUGUUUAUUGGCAUUACAUGUUCUUCUAGUGCUUCUCUGUGAAAGCAAUGGCUUGCCACCUUGUAGACCCACAAAUAUUGCAAACAAUUCCAGACGCAUGAGCAUUUUGCGUGUUCGGAGUAUGCACAGUCAAGCCCAAAGCAUACUUACAUUUACAUCUACAUUUAUGCAUUUGGCAGACGCUUUUAUCCAAAGUGACUUACAGAGCCCUUAUUACAGGGACAAUCCCCCUGGAGCAACCUGGAGUUAAGUGCCUUGCUCAAGGACACAAUGGUGGUGGCUGUGGGGCUCGAACCAAUGUCCUUCUGAUUACCAGAUUACCAGUUAUGUGCUUAGACCACUACACCACCACCUACUUCAGUCUGAUGCAAACCCUCUGAUCAUGGAGAAUGCACAUACACCUGGAAUUAUUUGGGGUUCACAAGGUUGCAACGCUCACAACUGAGCCAUUGCUUUCACAAAGAAAUGCUAUAAAAUGCAAUGGCCUCAAACUUCUUGAGAAAAAUGUAUAAACAACAACUGUGGAUGUGCACAUCAAGAGCGUGUGCGUAAGAUGGUCAGGAGAUACCUGCAUUUAUAUAACUUGAAUCUGAAGGAAUUGAAAAAAAUCCUCAUGGGUCUAAACUCCUGAAGAGAAAUAGUCCAAUCUCUUAUAGUAGUCGUCAAAUGAAGUAUACUUUGAAAGGUUAGCAUUCGACUGUACGUAGACGCUAAGCAUUCAAGUAAAAACCAAAGUAUACUUUGGGCUUUUGAAAAUCGGGCUCCAUGCGUUCAGUGCUUGAGGUCUCUGCUGAUGACGAGAUUUGCAUCAACCGUCAUGUAUGCACCUAGCAUUCGUGUCUGACUGAAGUAUACUUUGGGCUUAACUUCUCCAUAUACCUCUAUAAACACAACCUUUGAAGUCAACAUGCAAUCAAAAUGAUUAAUACAGUCUUUACUUUAUUAAUACACAUGUUAUAUAUAUACACAUCCUGGUCUUAUUGUGCUCUGUACAACAGUGCAUGUUACUCUAAAGAGGAAAAAUAUAUUUUUAAACAUUCAUUAAAAUUUCAUAUAUUUCUCCUCGUCUGAAACAACUUUCUAUUUCGGCUGGUGUCAUGCUAUCCCUCUUACUUUUCAACCCCUCCGUUCAAACCACCUGACUCCAUUCUGUAACAUCCUGUUUACGAUCCAGCCAAUGCCCGAUGGAUAAAAGUAAGUCCUGUUCUUCAAUCGAUUGGCUCACCUGUUUCAAUCUGCAAUAAGUCAUCUUAUGGAAGUAAAAUGGGUUUUGAAUGUUGUUUUAAAGCCAUUUAUUGUGCCAUGUUUUGUCUGUCUUGCUAUCUUAUUUUAAUUGUAUUUUAUUAGGGCUUUAUAUUAUAAUGGAAAGUGUUACAAUCCCGAUUCCGGGUUGGCAACAAAAAUGGAAAAGACUAGCACAAUUGUCAAAAUAGUAACAUUUUAUAUUAGACAAUCACAGGAAUUGACAAAGAACAAUUGAUAAUGAAACACAUUGCUCAAGGCCAGGUACAGACACAAGUUAUGUAUGUGGAACAGAGCCCAGAAAGGAAUGAGACUCCCCUGAUAGCACACGUACAUCACCCAGAUGACUAUUUGAUGUGUUUACAUUUAGAAGAUGUAUUUAUUAGGUUGUUUGCUCAUCUGCAAUUCGUCUAUAAGACGUUUAGUCUUGGAUGUCAGUGAGACAUUCAGCUGAUGUCUUUGAGAUGUUUAUGAUUAGAUUUCCAGAUGAAAAGACCUAAAACAAACAUCUCUGAGACCAUGGGAGAGGAAGCUGGGUUAAGUAGGCUGGGAAACCUGCGUGCCGGUGUUUCCAAUCAAUUUUUAGCCCAGCGAACACCUGCUAACAUGACACUCAGAGGAAGAUAAAGCAAGCAAACAAAAACAAAAAAAAACAA